AUGGCAGAAUAUGGAUCGCACGUUGCAGCUGUCGGGAAAACGUGUCUUCUUAUAAGUUAUACUACAAAUGCUUUCCCUGGCGAAUAUAUUCCAACCGUAUUUGAUAAUUAUUCAGCGAAUAUUAUGGUUGAUGGAAAACCGAUUAAUCUAGGACUUUGGGAUACAGCGGGACAAGAAGAUUAUGAUAGGUUACGUCCGCUCUCAUAUCCACAAACCGAUGUAUUUUUGAUAUGCUUUUCAUUAGUCAGUCCACCUUCCUUAGAAAAUGUUAAAAAUAAGUGGUACCCAGAAAUUUCUCACCACGCUCCAAAUAUACCAAUUAUUCUGGUUGGAACAAAGCUUGAUCUUCGUGAAGAUAAAGAUACCAUUGCUAAAUUACGUUUGAAAUCUCAAACACCAAUCACAUAUCCCGAAGGAUUACAAAUGGCUAAAGAUAUUGGAGCCGUGCGUUAUCUUGAAUGUUCUGCCUUAACACAAAAAGGAUUAAAGAAUGUUUUUGAUGAAGCUAUUCGUGCGGUUCUUUCACCUAACCCUGUUAGAAAGAAGAAAUCAAAAUGUGUCGUCAUGUAA